GAUCCAUCAGAGACCCGACUCUGCGGGACCUGGACCCAGCUGUGUGUCCUUUAAGAGCGACGGGUCAUAUCAAGGCCUCAUUAACUUUAAAGGAGAUCAACCCUCUGCUGGAGAGAGAGUGGACCAGGAGAGCUCAGAGGGUCCCAGUGGGUCCCAGUCCUCCCAGCAGCAUCAAACCCACCUGGACUCCAUCUUUAUGCUGCUGGAGGAGAACAUCGUCACUUUUGUGAAGAACGAGCUGAAGAAGAUCCAGAAGCUUCUGAGACCAGAUUACCCAGAAUGCUCAGAGAGUCAGAGGGAGGGUGAGGAUGAAGUGCAGAGGAGGAGCAGAGAGGCGUUUCUGAAGAUCACACUGCACUUCCUGAGGAGAAUGAAGCAGGACGAGCUGGCUGACCGUCUGCAGAGCAGAAGUCCAGCAGGAGUUUGUAAGCGUAAACUCAAAUCUAAGCUAGACAGGAAGUUCCAGCGUGUGUUUGAGGGGAUUGCUACAGCAGGAAACCAAACCGUUCUGAAUCAGAUGUUCACAGAGAUCUACCUCAUGAAGGGAGGGGCUGCAGGGGUCAAUGAUCAACACGAGGUCAGACAGAUUGAAACAGCAUCCUGGAAACCAGACACACCAGAACCAACAAUCAGACAAGAAGACAUCUUUAAAACCCCACCUGGAAGAGAUCAACCAAUCAGAGCAGUGAUGACAACGGGAGUGGCUGGCAUCGGGAAAACAGUCUUAACACAGAAGUUCACUCUGGACUGGGCUGAAGGCAAAGCCAACCAGGACAUCCAGUUCACAUUCCCAUUCACCUUCAGAGAGCUGAAUGUGCUGAAAGAGAGAAAGUUCAGCUUGGUGGAACUUGUUGAUUACUUCUUUAGUGAAACCAAAGAAGCAGGAAUCUGCAGGUUUGAAGAGUUCCCGGUGGUCUUCAUCUUUGACGGUCUGGAUGAGUGUCGACUUCCUCUGGACUUCCUCAACACUGAGAUCCUGACUGAUGUUUCAGAGUCCACCUCAGUGGGUGUGCUGCUGACAAACCUCAUCAGGGGGAAUCUGGUUCCCUCUGCUCGCCUCUGGAUAACCACACGACCUGCAGCAGCCAAUCAGAUCCCUCCUGGGUGUGUUGACAUGGUGACAGAGGUCAGAGGGUUCACUGACGCCCAGAAGGAGGAGUACUUCAGGAAGAGAUUCAGAGAUGAGGAGCAGGCCAGCAGAAUCAUCUCUCACAUCAAGACAUCACGAAGCCUCCACAUCAUGUGCCACAUCCCAGUCUUCUGCUGGAUCACUGCUACAGUUCUGGAGGACGAGUUGAAGACCAGAGAGGGAGGAGAGCUGCCCAAGACCCUGACUGAGAUGUACAUCCACUUCCUGGUGGUUCAGUCCAAAGUGAAGAACAUCAAGUAUGAUGGAGGAGCUGAGACAGAUCCACACUGGAGUCCAGAGACGAGGAAGAUGAUAGAGUCUCUGGGAAAACUGGCUUUUGAGCAGCUGAAGAAAGGCAACCUGAUCUUCUAUGAAUCAGACCUGACAGAGUGUGGCAUCGAUAUCAGAGCAGCCUCAGUGUUCUCAGGAGUGUUCACACAGAUCUUUAAAGAGGAGAGAGGACUGUACCAGGACAAGGUGUUCAGCUUCGUCCAUCUGAGUGUUCAGGAGUUUCUGGCUGCUCUUCAUGUCCAUCUGACCUUCACCAACUCUGGAGUCAACCUGCUGGCAGAAGAACAAACAACACCAACACAGUUCUACCAGAGUGCUGUGGACGAGGCCUUACAGAGUCCUAAUGGACACCUGGACUUGUUCCUCCGCUUCCUCCUGGGUCUUUCACUGCAGACCAAUCAGAAUCUCCUACGAGGUCUGCUGACACAGACAGGAAGUAGCUCAGAGACCAAUCAGGAAACAGUGAAGUACAUCAAGAAGAAGAUGGAUGAGGAUCUGUCUGCAGAGAGAAGCAUCAAUCUGUUCCACUGUCUGAAUGAACUGAAUGAUGGUUCUCUAGUGGACCUGAUCCAACGUUACCUGAGUUCAGGAGAAGUCCACGCAUUACAUAAGUCUCCUGCUGAGUGGAGCUAA